GCUCUCGAUCGAUGGACGUCGCGGCUCGCCACAGCGGUGCACAAAAGGCACCCAUAGUAACGCAGAGCUCGCGAACCAUAAAUAGCAGCAUCGCACACCGCCGCCGCCGCGCGCACCCCACAAAAGGGCUGCCCACAACCAUGCGGCUCCUCCUCUGCCUCGCAGCCGCCGCAGCGGUCGACUGGCAGGUGCCCGCCUACCAGAGCGCCCUCACGGAGACCGGGCUGAGGGAGCUGUUGGGUGUUGACGACGAGCAGGCGACUCCACUGAUUGCUUCCGUACACCGAUUAGGAUUGGCCAAUCGAUUGCGCUCUUUAGCAGCAGCGCACGUCUUCGCUACGGAUGCGAACGUCGAAUUAGUGGUGAGAUGGAAAGCGGAACGGGGCUGCGAUUGCGAGGCCGAGGACUUGUUUGCCGAGCCGCCUUGGUCUACUUUCAAAGGCAACGGCUCGGCCCUCGACGGUUUGCUGGCCAUGGUCAACGAGACCCAGCCGUCCGUAGUCCUGAAACCGUCGUCCGGAAGACCCGUCCUCGUCAUUCGAUCUUCUGGACGAUGGAGGUGGUCGCUCCCCGUCACGCUCGACGCCACCAAAUACAGUGCGAUCAUCCUAGAUCCGCGGGGCCAGUUCGCCCAGCCUCAGAUGGACUGUCGCGAGUUCUUGCACCGGAAGCGGGCCUUCUAUCAGCGCGUCGAUGGCGCAGCGAUGCGAGUUGCUGGACUGAACGACACGCUCGUAAAUCUCAGGAACGCUUUACAGGACAAAUUCGUCGUCGGCCUGCACGUCCGGACCUACGACCCGUCCUUCGACUGGCCCGUCGUGCCUCCACCGGAUGUUUCUGUGGAAAGCUCGACAACGUGGGAUGAAUCUGCACCUAUCAAAGUGCAUUUCGAGGCAGCUAGGCGCGUCCUGAAGCGCCACCCGAGAGCCGUCAUCUUCCUGGCUUCCAAUGACGCUUCGGUCAAAGCUCGAGCCAAAAGGGAGUUCAAGGAUUCGGAGUUGAUCUAUGCCGACUGGGGCGACGCCACAAGGGCCACACCAGGCGCCGGGCAGCGCGCCGCGUUGGCCGAUUGGCUGGUCUUGGGCGAUGCUGCCCUGGUGUUGCACACGUUCGGGAGUUCCUUCGGGGAAGAGAGUGCUUCUAGAAACGGAGUGCCCUCAGUCCGACUGAGAAGUGGAGGCCACGUCCUGGGCGUGGAUAUAAACAGAGACAAUUGCGGCCACGUGGGCAUGCGCGCCGCCGAGACGGAGGGCGACGAGCACUGCUUCGAGCAGGCCGGGGCCCAGGUCUGUUCCCCACCCUUGGAGCUCAAACCCUGUGAGAUGGAGGAGCCCUGGGGCCUGCCCGACGUGUUCUGCUGACUCCAUUCUGUGAGCCGCCGCCGCGUGGGACGGCGCCUCGAUGGCGUGCCGGGCCCUCGGUCGUCCCGACGGACG